CGCCUGGGUUUUGCGUAAUGACGUCAUCGACAUGCGUCCCGGCCGGACUGAGCAUUUUUGGACAGGAUAAACGGCGAUGAUUGUGUUUUAAAGUGUCCCGUUUCACGCUAAGAGCGGACAAGUGACAAAACUCGUGAAGUGCGUGCGUGGGUGACGCGUGGAGUUAGUUGACGUAAUCUGCGGUGGUUUUGAGUCAGGUCCUUUUGUUCUGGCUGGUCUUUUGCAGUCUUGCAGCUGUCAUCGUCUUAAAUAAUGGAGGAGCCCCAUGCUCACUGCAUUUCCUGUAUAAGCAGGCGAUGUAUGGUAAAGCCUGAACCUGGCAUUUCCUGUGACCUCAUCACCUGCCCUUUUGUAUGCGGUGCAAUUUUCCACAGCUGCAAGGUUGUCGAACACAAGCUCCUGUGCCCGCUUGAGAGGGUGCCAUGUCUUAACCACAGCAUAGGAUGUCCUUUUACUCUGACCCGUGGCCAGAUGGCACAACACCUUGAGGUGUGCCCAGCAGGUGUGGUGUGCUGCACCAUGGAGUGGAAUAGGUGGCCGGUGAAUGACGAGGAUUAUCGUUCGUAUGAACGACUAAGUCAGGAAGCAGACGAGGUGGAGCAGCUUGACAUGGCACUCGCCCUUCAGGACCAGCGCACCAUGUUAGCAUCACUCAAACUCGUCUCUCUGGCACCCACUGCUGGCUCUGAGAAAAAGACUCAGUCUGCAGGGCAAAGUGCAAAACCUGCCGCAGUUGUACCUGCUCCAUGCAAGCAAGCAGAGACUGUUGAGAGAGAUCCUAAAGCAGGCUGCUCAAAAGACAAGAUUACCAAUGGGAUUAAUGGCCUAAAUGAAGAACAUUAUGGUGAGCUCUACCAAACCACAGUAGAGACGACUAAAAGCCUGGCUGCAGCUCUCAACGUCCUGAUCCACCUUAAUUCCUCAGACACGGACUGUACAACCGCUAACCUGCCAGCAUCAAUUCCAGAGCGCAAUGGGGAACUGAAUGAAACGAUGAAUGAAGACACCAGAUUCAAAUGUGAUAAAAUAGCCAAUGGGGUCAGUGGCUUAAAUGAGGUUUUGCAGCCUGCACAGCACCAAACACUGAUGGAGCUUGGCAGGAACCUGGCCUGUGCCCUCGGUGUACUAGGAGAUGCUGUAAAAGGUACUGAACCGAUGAAUGUCUCUGUAGUAAAUGAGAAUGGCAAACUCAACCAGUCAAAACCUUCAGAGUCUACAGAUGUUGACAUGAAAGAUGUUUCGUCUGAGGUUGAGGGUGAUCUUGGGGCUGUUGGGGGUAUUGAUGGUGACGAGACAGCCUUAGGUGUCACUGUUGAGUGUCCAGACAUAUUAAGUGAAAUGGAUAUCCAAUGUUUCUGUAAUGGCUCUCAUAGUAUUGUGGACUGUAAAGACGAGACGGUCUGUCACAUUAUGGAAUCCACCACAGAACACGAUCAAAGUCCAGAAUGGUUUGGUCCUUUGAUUCCCCAUAGACCAGAAGUUAGACAUGAACCUUUGUUGAUGCAGGAGGCAUCAGAAUCUUUGCAGCAGCCUAUACAUGCACAGACUCUGACUGUCCAGAGGGACAGUGCACUGCCUGCAAUGGCUUUAGACUUUGAAGACAGGGCUUUUGAGAGGAAACUCCAAAACCUUCAGUUGCUCAGAAAUUUUAUGCCACUUGCACUUAGUAGACAAAAAGGGUCAUUUACUGAUGGCUUCCCCCAUAGACAUUCACAGUGCAAAAUGGAGGACAAAGCUGUGGACACAUCAGAUUUAGAUCAGGAGCCUCAGGAUGACCCCAUGGGCCUUGGCGAAAUCGACUUCACAGCUGCUGCUCUGCUUUUCUGCUUGGAAGAGUCACCACGAGCUAGGAGAAUAUCCGACACUGUGUACGCGUUCUGCGGCACACGGGUCGACUUCGGCACCCAAACCUUUAGUUUCCCCGCUGCCAUCCUGGCAACGAGUACGAUGGUUGGAGAGGUCGCAUCCGCCUCGGCUUGCGAUCGUGCUGCGCCCCGCCUUUCGCAGCCAAGUCCAUUUUGUACUCUGCGGCUUGAUCUGACGCUGGAGCAGCUUGUGCCACGACCGAGCUGGGCUCCACGUGAGGGCUCCAUGUUUACCUUUGAGUGCGGUCAGCUUUUCCGUCGAGAGGAGUUCCUCUCGCAUUUCCGGAACGUUCACGGAGAUAUCCAUUCCGGGCUCAAUGGCUGGAUGGAGCAUCGCUGUCCAUUAGCAUAUUAUGGCUGUACGUACUCCCAACGCAGAUUAUGCCCAUCCAGUCAAGGUUCAAAGGUUGUUCAUGACCGCCACCUAAGGUCAUUUGGUGUGCAACCUCCAUCGGAAACUGUCACAGAACCUAAGUGCGAUCACCUGAGUGGAUUGCCGUUUGAAGUACUUCAACAUGUAGCACGAUUUCUGGAUGGCUUUAGCCUGUGUCAGCUAUCAAUGGUGUCACGUAUAAUGAGGGACGUGUGUGCCAGUUUGCUGCAAACCCGUGGCAUGGUUGUGGUACAGUGGGAGAGGAAACAGUAUUCAGACGGAAGACGUUCUUGGCAGAUCAAAGAUAAGGUUUGGCGUUUUAGCACAGCCUUUAGUCCAGUUAACAGAUGGGAGUUUACGGACAUCACCAGCAUGGGAGACCACCUGAAACAUUGUCCAUACAAUGAAGUUCUCCGACAAGUAGAAGCUGUUCCGCUUCCCUGCAUGUGCACAACCAGAGAGCUAACACGAGACGGCAGAUCCCUACGAUCUGUUCUCAAACCAGUGUCAUAACACAAUGAAACUUUCAAAACGUAACUAAACACUACAUUAUCUAACCACUUUAAUCUCCCAUAUACUAUAUCUGUGUAAAUAAAAAAGAAGACAGAAUAUUUUUUUCUUUGAUGUUAAGAUUAUUUUUUUAUUAAUAUAUCAAAUAUUAGUUUAAUCUAAAGUUCUGAUGGUUCAUUCACUAAAAAUGUUCUGCGUCCACUGACGCACACCUAUGCUUUAGUAUCAAGAUGUUCACGUUGAUGAAACAAAGCUUAAUUCGGUAGAAUUGAAAGGGCCUCAAUCUGUCAAAUAGCACUUGAUUUAUUUGUCUUGACACAGCAAAAUAAUCUUUCUCAGAAAAUCAGCUAAUGACUGCUGAAUUUUGUUGGUACAUAUCCACACUAUAAUAUUUGCAUGGUUUGGUUAAGAUACCACUCAGUGAUGCGCAGGUCAAUGUAUAAACAACCAACACCUGACCGACGUUUUCAACUAACCCACCCGCAACACGGACCGCAAAAAACCCCAAAGUACUUUAAAAAUUUUUAAAGUAGCAAUUGUAGCUCAUUUUGGAUCAACCUGCGCAUCACUGAUAACCCUGAUUGAUUAAAAAAAUUACUUGCCUAAAUUGCAUCUUCAUCAGUUUAUGGUGAUGGACAGCUUUAUGGUUUAUGGACAGCUGCCUAAGAUCUUUAUUUUAUAAUCCUGGGUCUUGUAUUUGUUUUGGGACUCAAAAAAGCCUUUUAUUGUCUUGUUUUAUCAUAUUUUUGUCAUUUACAACCAUUUACAAUAUAUUUAUAAUCAUCACUCUACCUAAGGAGAAACAUGUAAUCUGUUUUGUCUUUCAGCUAUAUUAUUGCCAAUUCUAAAAGCAUCCAGAAAUGGCACAAAUCAACCUUAUUCAGAGAAGAUUUGCAUAUUUGACACAAAUGAAAACAAGUAGGGGGAUGGACGAACAAAGGGGGUACCUUAAACAGGUUUAUGGUUAGUGGGUACCUAAAUUCUGUAUGGUGGUGUACGUUGAUAAAAAAAAAUUGAGUGGACAAAAGGUUUUUCUUAGUGGAAACAAUAAUUUGAUGUGAUUUAUGUAUAUCAUAUAGUUUUGUUUUUAUUUUUGUCACAACUUGAAAUACAUUUGAGUAAUGUUUUACAGUCACUCAACAUCAGUUUGUCGGGUUAGCAUGUCGGCCGUAUCUCAACAUUUACAGUUGAUAUUUGCACUUUACUGAUAUUUGCCUUUCUCAGCACUCUGGCCCACUGUAUCAUCAUGUAUCCUGAGAAAAGAGACACUCCGCUAAUUGUGCUUCCUACGCUUGAGUAACAUUACAACUGAGGAGCAGAGUAAAACGCUGGAAGCUGUGUGUCUUAUCACUUAUAACAUUGCAUACCGGUAUAUAUGUGUGCAAAUUUGUGUUAUGUUUGCAAAUGAAUGGAGCCACCAGAAAAUAGUGUUAGAUUGCACUUUUGCCUCUACUGGGUUUAAGUAAAGCUAUGCAGUGUUUGUAUUAGGAAGCUGUUUUAGGCUUCUCAACUUGUGUGUCACCCAAGAUUGUGUGUUCAUGUCUAUGUAAUCAUCAUUUAUGUAAUGCAGCCCACAAAUCAUGUUACGGAGUCCAUGCUAGAGAAAGCAUGUCGUCCAAAGUAUAACAUUGACUAUUGAGGAUCUAAGCAUAAAGAAAUUACCAGUAGGGUGGAGCUGCAUGUGUUUUUUUUUUUUGAUGAAUUAAAAAAAACAUAUUUUAUUACCUUU